CAAAAAGGGCGAAAGAUGCGAGAUCGAAAUUCAUAAUAUUGGUAACUGCCGCAGUGGCAGUAAAGAGAAAAAAGAAAGAAAGUAGGAGGGAGGAGGAGGAAAGCUUCUCCGAAGUGGGUGAGUGAUUUGUAUUUUUUUUUUUUUUUUUGAUUCCAUGAAACCCAACCCGUAGUCCGUACACUCCUACUAGACUAGACUAGACUAGAUAUUAGCAUCACCAUGCCUUCAUCGCCCAAGUUGUUCCACGCCCAGAACCGCCCUUCGCCGGCCUCCCCGCGCAGAUCGACGGUGCUUAUCCUCGCCAGCUGCCUUCUCAUCGGUCUCGCCGGCUUCGUCUUUGGACUCGCCGCGCUCCUCAGCGCGCCACAAAAAUGCGCGAACGCCGAGCCAAGAUCCAUCCGAGUCGUCUGGGAGCGAGUUGGAGACGGAGUCGUCAGAGAUGGCGAUGGAGAUGGAAUUGGCGUAGAUCCGAAUAUGAAGAAGACGAGGAGGAGGAGGCAGAAGGUGAUGGGUUUCGUCGGCAUUCAGACCGGGUUCGGAUCCGUGGGACGCAGGCGCUCUUUGCGCCAGACUUGGAUGCCAUCCGAUCCCCAAUCUCUUCAACGAUUGGAAGAAGCAACUGGAUUGACAUUCAGGUUUGUGAUUGGUAAAACCAAUGAUAAAUCGAAGAUGUUAGAACUAAAGAAAGAAGUUGCAGAAUAUGAUGAUUUCUUGCUAUUGGAUAUUGAAGAGGAGUAUAGUAAACUCCCCUACAAAACAUUAGCUUACUUUAAAGCUGCAUAUGCACUUUUUGAUGCUGAUUUUUAUGUUAAGGCAGAUGACGACAUAUAUUUAAGGCCAGAUCGCCUAUCGCUGCUGUUGGUGAAAGAGCGGUCUCAUUCGCAGACUUACCUUGGGUGCAUGAAAAAGGGUCCUGUUUUUACAGACCCUAAACUCAAAUGGUUCGAGCCACUAUCCUAUUUGCUUGGAAAGGAGUACUUUCUUCAUGCUUAUGGCCCAAUAUAUGCCCUUUCUGCUGAUGUUGUUGCAAGCUUGGUUGCUCUUAGAAACAAUAGUUUUAGGAUGUUCAGCAAUGAGGAUGUUACAAUUGGGGCGUGGAUGCUUGCAAUGAAUGUCAACCAUGAGAAUAACCAAGCACUAUGUGAACCAGAGUGUACACAAUCAUCUAUUGCUGUCUGGGAUAUUCCUAAGUGUUCAGGGCUCUGUAAUCCAGAAAAGAAACUAUUAGAACUUCAUCAAAGGGAAAGUUGCUCAAAGAGCCCAACUCAGGCAUCUGAUGACUAGCAUGCAUGCAGUUUUUCUUUUCUUCCCAAAGCCAGUAAACUGAGAAGAUACUUUUAGAGAAAUGCUUGUUCCUAUAAGGUCCUGCUGCGUCCAAAUUUUAUUCUUUCUGUCCUUUCUUUCAUGUUACAAUUCGGUAAAAAGAAAACAAAAUUUUACACGACACAUCUUAGACUUUAAUUUUUUUGGGUGGGGGGGUUGUAGAAUGUGGGAAGACAGUUAGUCAUUAGUGAUGUGAUGAACCAUGUAAACUUUCAUUCCUUUAAUUGAAUAUAAUUCUUUAAAACUUUCUAUA